AGCAGAUCAAUAUUGAUUUCUUCCUCAUUACAGAAAAAUCAUUAGAUAUGGCUUCCUUCUAUUCUUCCUCUCCUAUUCUCACAACCUUUAAAUUCCUCAUAGGGUCAUUUUGUUUUCUUGUUGGAAUCGCCUCUUCUCAGUUAUCUUCUAAUUUCUAUUCAACAACAUGCCCUACUGCCCUCUCCACCAUUAAAUCAGCUGUGAACUCUGCUGUAUCCAGUGAGGCUCGUAUGGGGGCAUCAUUGCUUCGUCUUCAUUUUCAUGACUGCUUCGUUAAUGGAUGUGAUGCAUCAGUGCUGUUGGAUGGAGCGUCAGGAGAGAAGACAGCACCCCCUAAUAAUAAUUCUCUAAGGGGAUUUGAAGUUGUUGAUUCAAUUAAGUCCCAGUUGGAGAGUUCAUGCCCUGGAGUGGUUUCCUGCGCAGACAUCCUAGCCGUUGCUGCUAGAGACUCUGUUGUUGCUUUGGGUGGGCUUACUUGGACGGUUCAAUUAGGCAGAAGAGAUUCAGCCACAGCAAGCUUUAGUGCUGCAUCUACCAACAUACCUUCUCCAUUUUCAGAUCUUAGUGUUCUCAUCUCUGAUUUCUCCGGCAAAGGUUUCACUACUAAAGAAAUGGUGGCUCUCUCAGGAGCUCAUACAAUUGGGCAAGCGAGAUGCACAGUAUUUCGCAGCAGGAUUUACAAUGAAACCAACAUAGAUGCUUCCUUUGCAACGUCGCUAAAAGCUAAAUGUCCUAGCUCUGGAGGAGACGAUAAUCUUGCUCCUUUUGAUAUCACUACUCCAAAGGCUUUUGAUAAUGCUUAUUUCAAGAAUUUGUUAAGCCAAAAGGGACUCCUCCACUCUGAUCAACAGCUCUUUAAUGGAGGUUCUACAGACUCUCAAGUCAGAGCUUAUAGCUCCAAUCCAAAAUUAUUCAGUACAGAUUUUGCCAAUGCGAUGGUGAAGAUGGGAAAUCUUAGUCCACUUACAGGCACAAGUGGCCAGAUCAGGGCCAACUGUAGGAAAGCCAAUUGAGUCUUACGAAGCAUACUAUGUUUCAGUUCUUAUUAAUGUAUUCCUUAUUUUGUUUUGUUUUGUUUUGUUUUUCCUUUAAUGUUUCUUGUUUUCAUUGGUGUUAAGUGGGAUUUACUGAUUAAGUUUUGUUUUGUAUUAUCAUCUUUCAUAGGAAUAAUGUGUUUUUCUUCAGUACUUUA